AUGAAUAACUCUACAGUAAACUUCAUCACACCGGAAGCAUCUAUAAACUCCACAACUAAUUACACCGGAGUAAUAGACAGUCUGAACAUGUGUCUCUUCAGCAUCAGUUUCAUAAUUGGUUUUCCUGCACACUCCCAUGUUUUAUGGCUCAUGGUCACCGGAGAAGAAAGAAGUGUCGCUUCAGCGUUCUUCAACAUCAAUCUUUCCAUUUGUGAGAUUUGCAGCUCUCUGAAUUUUUUGUUCUCUGUACUUAAACAAAUUUGGUUUUCACAUCUGACAGCAUUAACACUGUUUUUCAUCGGAUUAGGUGUCACGGGUCGUCCUCUGUUUCAGUGUCUGAUCUGUGUUGAGCGUUACCUGGCAGUGGUUCAUCCUGUAACCUUUCUGAAGUACAAACCUUUCAGAUAUAGACUGAUCUGCUGCGCUGUGGCCUGGAUUAUUGUCCUUGGCUUCUGUUUGUGUGGCAUGUAUGGUUUACUUGAAGAGGACAGGUAUUUUUAUUCAUGGUUCUUCUCAAUCCAGUUCCUCCUCUUCCUCUCCCUCCAGUUGUUUUGUCUCGUGGCUGUUCUCAAAGCUCUGAAGCAGUCAGGACCAGGAGAGAGAAAGAGGGAGAAAGAGGACAACCACAUGAAAAGAAGAGCAUUUCACCUCAUUCUAAUAACUACUCCUCCAUUGUUGUGUUUAGGAGUCCACUUGAAUGGCGUGACACAUUUACAACCCUGCCUACUGAAGCGCGGGGAUAUCAGAAGGUUUGAAAACCUUCUGUGUACCAUCACUCAGCCAUUUUGA